UUUUUUUAAAAAAAUUCAUUUGGUGUUGGUCAUCCCUCUGCCUCGCCACGAGUCGCCACCGCCCACCACUGCUACCAGCUUCCCGGACUCCCGGUCUCCGUCUUCACCCUCAGUCCGCCUCAGUCGUCGUGAGCCGCCUCCGUCUUCACCAGUCACCACCGUCCAGUCGCCGCCUCACCUCAUGUGAAGCAUACUGAAGCAAUCUUACAAUGUUUCUUCGUCGGGUUGCUUCGACUUUGCCUCCGUCAACGAGGUUCUUUUGCAGUACUGCUAACCGUGAUUUUACCAAUGCUAUUGCAGAACUCAAUAAGGAAAUGGAAUACAUAUUUGGUGAACCCGCUCCAUCUAGUCUUUCAGGUUCUGUUAACAACCAAAAUACUACACAAGCGUCUAAACCUGUCCCACAAGAAAUGACAAAAAAUGACUCAUCAUCAUCUGGGUUGACUCAUGUCGGCAGCACAGGUGAGGCACAAAUGGUAGAUGUCUCUUGUAAAGAGGUUAGUAAUAGAGUAGCCAUUGCAAGUUGCAAGGUUAUUUUGGGCAGGAAGGUGUUUGAUCUGGUUUCAACCAAUGAGAUGGAAAAAGGAGAUGUUCUUGGUGUGGCUAAGAUAGCUGGAAUUUAUGGGGCAAAGCAGACAAGCAGCCUCAUCCCACUAUGCCACAAUAUAAACUUAACACAUAUUCGAGUGGAUUUGAAGUUGGAUCCUCAAGACUUGAGUGUUGAAAUAGAAGGGGAAGCUGCCACAGCUGGGAAAACCGGGGUUGAGAUGGAGGCCUUAACAGCAGUCACUGUUGCUGGCCUAACAAUAUAUGAUAUGUGCAAGGCAGCUUCAAAAGAUAUCCAGAUUACCGAUGUCAGGCUUGAGCAAAAAACUGGGGGGAAAAGCGGGGACUGGUCCAGGAAAAAUGAUUAUUCAUUGCCUUACAGGAUAAUGGAAAUGUCUUUAUUGACCUUGUCAUGUUUCUUACCACAUUCUAGAGUUUGAUAGUAUGGAAAGUUAAAGAUGAUCUUCCCUAUGAUAAUGCUGUUAUACCAAGUCAAACGAUAAGCUGGAUGUGGUAAAUGACAUCGAUUACUUGUUAAGUUUUUCAUUGCACUCUUUUCUGUGAACUGGUCACAAUGCAUUCAUCUGUUGAGUUCUGCAUUUAGUCACUGGAGCCUAAUAUAGCUUCUAUGUAUUCAAUUGAAGUUGUUCUAUUUUCAUUAUAUGGAUUUGCUUGAAUUGUUAUGAGUUGGAUUUGGUUGGUGUGAUA